GUCAGUAACUGUGGCCGCUGGUAGAGUAACACGCUGUUGUGUGGAGGAUCACCCGUGGCGUUAUACCUUAAGACAUGGUUGUUAUUAACUAUAGUUUAUUGUGAGAUAUACUUACUGUCUACUAAGGCAUUACCACAGAAACACAACCACCUUUAACUGAGUAUACUCCAAGGGGAUUUUUCAGUCUUCAGAAUGGCUGACUCAGAAUCACGUUCAGGAAAGAGGCACUGUGAUGGUGUUGGUUCCAUAGUUGCCAACCACUACAACAGUAUUGAAGCCAAAGGGUUGAAGGAGAGAACUAAGAGUCGUAUAUUUUUUAUGAGAAACUCUAAUAACUGGAUUAAAAGCUACCUCAUAAAUUAUUGCUUAGAGCAAAUUCGAGAUCGACAAGUUGAUGACUAUCCCAUUUCUGUACUAGAUUUGGGCUGUGGAAAAGGCGGUGAUCUUCUCAAGUGGCAGAAGGGUAACAUCAAACACCUUAUUUGUGCAGACAUUGCGGAAACAUCUAUGGACCAGUGCCAAGAGAGACAUGAAAUAAAUAAAAGGAAAGGUCGUGGGGGCUUGUUUUCAGCAGAAUUCAUAGUUGCAGAUUGUACUAAGAGGAGAAUAAAGCCACUUUUUGAGAACCCAAGCAAGAAGGUGGACCUGGUGUCUUGUCAGUUUGCUUUUCACUAUUGUUUUGAGAGUCUUGAUCAAGCAGAAACUAUGCUUUGCAAUGUAUCAGAAAAUUUGAAGAAAGGAGGAUACUUUGUUGCCACGAUUCCUAAUGCAAAUGAAAUUAUGUCCAGGCUGAAGGCCACUACUGGGAAUAGUUUUGGAAAUGAAGUUUACCGAAUAGAAUUUCCUGAAGACAGGCCCAAAAAAUCAAGUUUGUUUGGAGACCGUUAUAACUUUUUCCUGGAAGGAGUUGUGGAUUGCCCAGAGUUUCUUGUCCACCCUCCAACUCUUGAAAAGUUAGCUAAAAAGUGGGAUCUUCAGCUGCUUUGGAGUAGAGAUUUUGCUACUGUAUAUAAUGAUGCAUUAAAGGACCAGGAAUGUCAACAUCUAAUGUCUGUUAUGAAAGCUCUGGAGAAUUAUCCCACUGAUGAGCAGUCAACAGAGACAGAUGGAGAAUACAGUCAUGCACAGGAACACUUGGCAAGCAAAGAGGGUGUUAGUCGCAUAAGGACUCUUUCAAAAUCAGAAUGGGAGGCACUGUGUCUGUACCGGGCAUGUGUCUUCAAGAAGAUCACAUAAAGUUUAAGCAAAAUGAUACACACAGUUUGUGUUGAUGGAAGAAGUUGGAAAAUAUUUUAUUGAUGUUGGUGGCAAGAGGGCCCAGAGUUAUAUAAUCUCAUUUGAUAAUAAUGGCUGUUCUCCAUCCAGUUUAUAUGUAUAUGUAGUUACAUUUUUAGACUGUAUCUUUCACGUGGAAUAUUUUUUUUUU